AUGGCCAACCCCGGCGUCCAACUUGGGGAGCUGAUCAAAGUUCUGCAUCUGCGCACAGCGGGUACGGACGGCUCAGAUGCAACGUAUUCUCGUUUCCCUGCCACGGACACAACACCGUCAGCCUCUUACGGAAUCCCAUUUGGAGCAUUUCCGACUGCUUCCUCCACCGUUGCGGUGCCGUCGGCUUCUCUGACGCCGACCACGACAUACGAUGCUGGAAUAGCCGCUGAUCCCACGGCCGUACCACCGCUCGGCCCUGACACAUCUGGCUCAGACGGAGGGGUGGACCCUUCGGAUGAAGCGCUCCUGGGCAGAGCGACCAUACAGAACAAUUGCCAAUUCCCCGUCUAUGUCUGGCCGGUUGGGGAAACAAUCCAUACCGAAGUGACCAUCUCCGCCUCACAUGAGUACUCUGAAGCAUACCGAAUUGGAGAAGGUGGGAUUGCCCUCAAGAUCGGCGUGGACAAAAACGCACUCAUGGGCCAUGCUCCGUUGAUGAUCUUCGCAUACAACGUCAGCGGAGGGAAAGUAUGGUAUAACCUGGCGGAUGUGAGCGGCGAUCCGCUUCAGGGCCAUCGUGUUGAAAUCAGCCCUUCAACACCGCGUAUCUCUUGGGCAAACGGUCAACCGCCGGCAGAGAGUCAGGUCCGUGUACUGGAUAGCUCAACCAGCAUCACGUUGACGCUGUGUUAG